UGGCGUCUGUGCGCAGUCGAGGCCGGUGCGUUGGGGUGACUGUGUGCUGGUGGUGGCGGUCCGAGCUCCGACACAGACGCCGCCGAUCGGAUCAGCUCUGCUGACCAGGAUGAUGCUUCGGUCGAUGGCCAACCACCUAGGCUAGUGCCGGCAAGCAACAAGUACAGCCGCUGAGUAUGCUGAUCGCUGGUGACCAGGUCGGCUGGAAGUGGUCCACUGAGCCGGCCGCCUCGCCAUGAAGCUGUAUCAGCAGACGUCGCCCGACUGCGUGCAGGCUUGGACGCGGGAGGACUUCGGCUUCAGCGGCGACGCCAAGGCCGGCCUCGCCACCAGCCUCGAGCACAUCUUCCCGCCGCAGUCGCCGGCACCCUCGUCGUCCACCGCCUCGUGUGCGGCCUCCUCCAGCUUCACAGAGCUGAAGCCGGUGCCACCGCUCAAGGCGCUAACCCAAUGUGACUAUGUGGGGAGUUCGGGUGAAGCGGCCGGCUCGCCGGGCUACUACCCGGCACCCGAACCGGGUCCCGGCACGCCUGAGGUGGUGUCCACCACCACCAGCGGCAUGGGCGAGCUAGGCGAGUCGGUAAUGAUGAAGCCUGCCGAGCCGGGCACGCUCGAGACGUUCCCGGCCGCUGACAUGGCCGACGACGACUUCGCCGCCAUCAUCGGCAACGCCAUGGUCGACCCGCAGCUGGUCGUGCCCGAGAACAUGGACCUCGGCAACUUCACCAGCUCGGACAUGCACGACUUAGAGGCGUGGAUCGAUGGCCAGUCGCAGGCGCAGCUGCAGCGGUACGGCGCCGCCAGCCAGGCGCACACCGCCGCCGUCCACCCGGGCCUGCCGUACAGCGCCGCCAGCCCCAUGCUGCAGAACCUGCUGUCAGGCCACAGCUACGCGCCACCGCGCACCGCGCACCCGCCUGGCUACGGUAGUCUGCUGCAAGGCGGCCAGCUACACCAGCGCCUGCAGCGGCCGUUGGCCACCUACAGCCCGCCCAGCUAUGCGGCCAGCGGCGGCGAGACUCUCGCGCAGCAGGCCGAGUCGGGCACCAGCGCCAAGAAACGGCGCGCGCUUGCGCGCUCCUUCAUCAAAAUGUCGAUCGCAUCGGAGGGCACCAAGGACCGGCCUAUGCACCGCUGCACCAUCUGCAACCGCGGCUUCCUCAACAAGAGCAACAUCAAGGUGCACCUGCGCACGCACACCGGCGAGAAGCCGUUCAAGUGCGAGACGUGCAGUAAGGCGUUUAGGCAAAAGGCGCACCUCAUCAAACACUAUCACAUCCAUAAGCGCAUCAGCAGGGACUGACGUGGUGGCCAUGCGGUGGGCGCGUUCGGACCCGGUGGUGCGCGUGAGUGGUGCGCGCGCACAUCGAUCUUUCAAGGCUGGCCACGGCCGCCGCGCCGCGCCCGGAGAAAGCCGCAGCGACCUACUGACGGGUCAGCAGCGGCGUGACUUCCCGUGUCGCCACGCCGCCGCCCGGCAUGCCGGGAGAUGUCCCACCGACCCCCUCCCCCGCCUCACAGUCACCCACGGCCCCGCUUCCGGGGCACGUUUGGACCAACUUCCGGUUUGCGUGGCCGCCGCCGAACCGGCUCAGCCCAGCCCGACCCGGUGCGGCCGGCUGGCCGACCGGCGACAGCGGUCUGGUUCGCAUGUGGGUCAGUUGGAUCCGGAGGGCUCGUAUCUAGGCCGAUGCCCUGCACGGCCACAACACGGCUGAUGCGCAUGCGCAGAACGCGGCGACGAGCGGGUCAGACGCCGGGCGGAAGACAGGAGGUGGGAUUCGUAGGGUGAUGGGGAACAGGGGUUAGUCACGGACCGUGACAUGCGCUAAAGACACAUGUCUCACAGGAGGAUGUUUAAGUCGUGGCCUGAGCGGCUGUCAGCAGGAGGGACCCCUGCCUCUUGCGAGGUGCUUUCUGGCACGUACUUCAACUGCGAUCGCGGCUGAAGCCUUGAAGAAAAGCAGUAUGCUGUGUCUGGACAAAGCCACUGCAGCUUAAGUUUGUAUCUUGGCUUGGAAAAGUUUAUUCUAAUCGGUUGCACGCUCUGCACAAAGCCCCGCACAACCAUCAUCCUACUGCAACGCGCCGUUUCAGCUGUAUCAUUUUCGUCUGCCGGCUGGCGCGGAGUGGCUCUGGAAUCAGAUGGGGUCGGUGAGGCGCGCGCAAGCAUUCCGGCCAGUGCUGGCAUCCUUCAUGACUCGCGGUGGAAAGCCGUUGUCCCAGAUAACCGUAACACUUCUGGCCGGCGGGUACGCUGCGCGCGCGCGCGCGCGGGCAGGGCGGCGGCAGCGGCGCCGAGUGGGCCCGCAGCUGCCCACGCCGGCGACGGUCUGGAGUCACCCCUGUCGACCCACGGUCGACCCCGCGGCGGCCGGGGUAAGGCGGCCCGGCACCGGGAGGACUCGAACGGCACUGCGACGCGGACCGCACUUGUUCUAAUCCAGGUCAGCCAACAAAGGCAGGCGAGUGACACAGAAACGCGCUGCGUCUCGGCGCAACGGUCAGUUGCGCCCCGUAAGUGUUCUGUCGUUGAGCUACCGUCAACAGAGCGCACAAAAAAUGACGCCACACAUCCACCGCGACUUCGGGACAACGCAGGAUUGGCGAGUUAUUGCGACUGGAGCUGGUGGCUGGGCCAAAGCAUGCAGUCGUGCAUUUGCGGGGGUUUCCCUCCUGCUGAGGUCGCUGAUGGUCAGCGGGGGCGAUGCCGGGUGAGAGGGACCAAGGGGCCGAGCCGUUGUGAUAGGGGCCAGGUAACGCCCCGCCCACCCAAGGAAGCGCCCUUGGGCGCGCUGAAUGACAUAACAACUCCGUCCUGAUCGGUACAAACGAGGACGGGUGGGCGAUGCAAUCACUGACAGUGCCCGCCCCCCGUCUGUUGUUAACUUGUUAAAUUACCGUCGUCUAUUUAUACUGUUGUUGCUGACUCCACUGUAGAAUCUCUUCGAGUGUGUAUGCAGUGUUUGAUCGGUGAUGUGUGACCUCCCACCGGUGGGCCGGGUCACUUUGCAUAUGCAUGUGUGUUUGUCGGUGCUGUGCGCCGAUCUCUUGUUGAUUUUGUUGUUGCAAUGCCAGGAGUGAUUUUACUCUUGGGUCCAGAUAGCGUAGAUGCUUCUUCCAAGCAGUGCGAUGUGUUCUUGUGACGGCUCAGCUCUGAACAUUGCACGAGGUCUCAGAUAUUUGUGCUCUGAGUGGUUUUGCGGUCGCCUCAAUUUAGUCACAAUGUGUUCAUAAUACAUGCGAAAGAGUA